GUGGAAGAAAAUGGCGGCCGUCAGAGGGUUGUGUCUAACCGCUGCGGCCCUGAGAGCCGUCACUCCUUGGCUCCUCGCGGCCUCCCGCGGACCUCGGGCGCUUCGGGAACUGUCGUCCUCCAGCUCCGAAGCUGGCGAAGGGCAGAUCCACCUCACGGACAGCUGCGUCCAGAGGCUUCUGGAAAUCACCGAAGGGUCAGAAUUCCUCAGGCUGGAGGUGGAGGGAGGUGGAUGCUCCGGAUUCCAAUACAAAUUUUCACUGGAUACAGUUAUCAACCCCGACGACAGGGUAUUUGAACAGGGUGGGGCAAGAGUGGUGGUUGACUCUGAUAGCUUGGCCUUCGUGAAAGGGGCCCAUGUGGACUUCAGCCAAGAACUGAUCCGAAGCUCAUUUCAAGUGUUGAACAAUCCUCAAGCACAGCAAGGCUGCUCCUGUGGGUCAUCCUUCUCUGUCAAACUUUGAUGUGAUGACUGGUGACCCAGAGAUUACUAUCAUCUCUAUGGAUUUGAGGAACCUGGGAUUAGAAGAAUUCUAGAGGUUUCCUUCCAACCAUGUCCCUCUCACAAUUUGAUUUCCCUCAAUCCAGGAAUGCUGUGUUUCACCACUAUUUAUUUUCAGAAUGUGAAGCUUUUACUCUUGAGUUAAUUUCUCCCACACAGUUGUAAGGCCAAGCCUGUAGAUGCUAUUACCUAAGAUUUAGUAACUUGUUGAAACCAGUAUCAUCUGUAGAGCCUCCAAGGUUCCAGAAUUUGGUAUUUUCUGGCCUUCAGAGCUACUUGUACAUAUGUGUAUAGCUAUGUACAAAAGCUUCAUUUUAAAGAAAGUCCUUAAUUACUUGUGUUGUGGAUCAGGGUCACAGAUUGGGUAGGUUGAACACUGGUUACUAGGCCAGAGAGGAUGAAAAAGGCAAAUGAAAUGUUAUCUUUUUCAUCUCAUCCUUCCUGAAUGUGCUAGUUGACUUACCCUUAUUUUCUAUGCAGCCCGUUCUCUGCUUCCCAUUUGUUACAGCAGAUACAUUUUCCUCUCAUAUUCAUGAAUCUGCUAGAUUCACAAAACCAAUCGCCCAUCACCCAGAAAACUUGGACCUAAACCUCACUGAUACUUGAAUUGUUUGACAAAUAGCCUCUAUACUCCAUAUUCACACAGACAUUUUAAGCUUCUUUGAUCAUUUAGUGACUGAAUCUUUUUAGAAUAUGUUGCUUCACUUACCUUAUGGUGUAAAAUGUUUCUGGUCUCAUUGCAUAGCAGGAAUUGGUCCCUUUGUUGGCAUAGAUAAUAGAUACUUGGGGAUUUUUUUUUUUUUUUUUUUAGUUUGGACUACCAGAUAAAAUGCAGGAUGCCCAUUUAAAUAUGAAUUUCAGAUAAAUAGCAAAUAAUUUUUAGUGUAAGUGUGUCUCUG